AUAAACGCGUUCGCGUGCCCGGUGAAGAAGGGCUUCCACACACCGCCAACAAUCACAACCGUCCGGGUGCUCGAUGGCGCUGGCGCAUUCCCUGCGCAGCCCGGCCACACGUGGCUGGUGCCUACGCGUUCAGCGGGGCGGUAUCAGCGGCGAGAAUGCAGGCUGGCCGGGGGCGGCCGCCCCAACCCAGCUCGGUUGGGGUGAAGCGGCAGGGCACAAUAUAAGCCAGCCCUGCCCAGCCGGCCCUCGCUCUCACAGCUGCAAGCCAGGCGCUAGUUCCCCAAGGCCAGGUAUUGACUCUCUUGAAGGCUCGCAACAACAGCAGCUUCCACAUGAUACAGGCUCCAAUGUGGGACUCGCGGGCGCCGGCCCUGCGCAUGUGGUCCUGGGGUUGAGGACCCGCCAGUCGCUGCCAUCGGGGCUACGGCCCAUGGGCCACACGAGCCCGCCUGUCAGCCGUGAUCCCGGCUUGCGGCUAGGCGGUGGCAUGGCCAGCGCUGGGGGUGGAGGCGGCGGCAUGGGCACGUGUGGCGGGAUGCGGCCGCUGGCGCCGCCUCUGGCGGCCGUUGCGUUUGUGCGCGGCCUGUCCUCCGCCAGCACGGGCCCUGGGCCCACGGCAGGAGCAGGAGGUGGCAAGCAGAGCGGUGGCAGUGAUAGUGGUGGCAGCACUGGUAGCAGCGGUCAAGGCAGCGGCAGCAACGGGAGUGAGUAUGCUGGCGGUGGCUCCAGCAGCAGCAAUAGCAAUGGCGGCAGCAGCAGUAGCAAUGGCGGCACCGGCGGUGGCAGCGGCAGUAGCAGCAGCAGCAGCAGCAGCAGUGGCAGUAGCAAUGGCGGCACCGGCAGUGGCAGCAGUGGCAGCGGCAGUAGCAGUGGUGGGGACGGCAGCCCACAGCGCCCGAUCGUGCUGCACAUACGGCAGCAGGGCGCAACGGCGGCGGGGCUGGGCGCCGCCGGCGGGGAGCUGAUGCGGCGUGCGGGGGCGGCGCUGCUUGUGGGCGCCAGUCAGGCAGGGGCGCGGCUGAACGAGUUGACUGGAUACAACGUCAUCGAGCGACUCAAGGCCCAGGUGGACGAGGCGGAUGACGGGCUGGCGGCGGCACGUGCGGAGCUGCGGGCAGCCAAGGCGCUGUACGAGCAGCGGCAGGCGCAGCACAGCGAUGUGCAGCGGCAGCUCAUGUCACUGCUGCAGCGCAAGGGCAGCUGGGCGGCGGCGGACGUGGAGCGGUUCGCGGGGCUGUGCCGGGACGAGCACGGGCUGGAGGGCGGCGUGGCGGCGGCCAAGGCCGCCUACGGCUCCGCGGCUGAAGGCCUGGAGUCGGCGCACGCGGCGCUGCUGCGCGCCAUCCGCGAGCGCUACGCGGCGGAGACGCUGUGGAGCGACAAGAUCCGGCGCGCCAGCACGUGGUGGACUGCGGGGCUCAUGGCGCUGCACCUGGCCUCAUUCAUGUCGGUGUACCUGGUGAUGGAGCCCAUCAAGGCGGCGCGGCUGCGCGACCACGUGGAGGGCGUGCUGCGCGCCGAGCUGGCGGCCAUGGGGAACAGCGUGGCUCAGCUGCAGAACACACUCAACUCCCACGUGGCUGACUUCGGCGAGGUGGAGGCGUCGGCGCGCGCCGCAGCCGGCGUGGCCGUGGCGGCGGCAGGGACGGCGGUGGCGGGCGCGGCGGCCGCAGGCCUGCCCGCGGUCGCGUCAUCCAGUGGCAGUGGAGGCGGCGGCGGCGCCGAGGUGGCGGCGGCGGUGCUCGGGCAGGAGAUGCGCGGGCUGAGGCAGCGGCUAGAGGGCGUGGAGACGCGGGUGGGCGAGGUGAUUGGUGCGUUGACGGCACACACCGCGGCGCUGCGAGCGCAGGCGCAGGCGGUUACGGCGCAGCAGGCGGCGGCGGCGGCGGCGCGGGCAGGGCAGCAGGAGGGUGCCACGGCGGCGGGUCCGGGCAAGCAGGAAACGGAGCGCGCGGCCGGCGGAAGUCGUAGUGACAGAGGCAGCGCUGCACUCGCCGAGAGCGUAAGGAACUUGGAGGAUGCGGCAGCAGAGAAUCAGGAGGCAGCGGGCGGGCAAGCCGGCGCGGGGGCGGCGCUGCGGCGCUGGGGCCGGCGAGGCGUGCGUUGGGGCGCGGCACUUGCGGGGGCGGUGCGGCGGGCGGCUGACACACCCGAGGUUGUCACAGGCGCGGCAGCGUUUGCGGGGGCGGCGCUGGGCGUAGGCCUGGCACUGGCGUUGUCGAGUGCCGCAGGCUCCAGCGGCGGCGCCGCCAACAGCGGGUAGAGCGCAUGUUAACUGACUGACAGCGGUUGGGAUGAGCGGUUGGGACGGCGGUGCUGCUUCAGACACGUUCAAGGCCAUGGCUAAAUCAGUGUGGACGUGUAGUCCAGGUUAGCUUGCUCACCGGCUGGUAUAGUCGACUCCGUGCGGUCGACUCUGGGAGCCAGUGCUGGCCAGUGCGCUGUGCUCAGUGCCUGGCUGGCUGGUGAACGUCGUGCAUUGCACGUCUCUCUUGUAACCAAGUCUCGCA